AUGAUGAUGACAUUAACUGAUCAAGAAACAGAGAUUAUUAAAGAAACAUGUAAAGUUGAUAAACCUGUUAAAUUAAUAGAAUUAUCACAGGCACCAAGAAUAUAUAGAAUUCCAGGAUUUUUAACGGAUGAAGAAUGUGAAUUUUUAAUAGAUACAUCCAAGAAUAAACUUAGACCAUGCAAUGAAAUAUCAUCUGGUGUACAUAGAAGUGGUUGGGGUUUGUUCAUGAAAGAAGGUGAAGAAGAUCAUCAAAUCACUAAAAAUAUAUUUAAUAAAAUGAAAUCUUUUGUAAAUAUUUCAGAAAGUUGUGAAGUUAUGCAAGUUAUUAGAUAUAAUCAAGGUGAAGAAACAUCAUCACAUUUUGAUUAUUUUAAUCCAUUAACAACAAAUGGAUCAAUGAAAAUUGGAUUAUAUGGGCAACGUGUUUGUACUAUUUUAAUGUAUUUAUGUGAUGUUGAAGAGGGUGGUGAAACAACAUUUCCAGAGGUUGGAAUUAAAGUUAAACCAAUUAAAGGUGAUGCUGUUUUAUUUUAUAAUUGUAAACCAAAUGGUGAUGUUGAUCCACUUUCACUUCAUCAAGGUGAUCCUGUACUUAAAGGUAAUAAAUGGGUUGCUAUCAAAUUAAUUAAUCAAAAAAGUAAGGAAACUGGAACACCAACUCAAUAA